GCCCUUUGUUUUGAAGAUCUAUGCUUUCUCUUUGAUGUGUGUGUGUGUGUGUGUGUGUGUUUGGGGUUUUUUGUGUUGAGCAGUUGGUUGAUUUGUCUCUAUUGGAGUUUUUUGUUGUUAGAUUCCUGUAGGUAUCAUUGUUGGUUUUGAUCUGUUUCCUUUUGAUGAAUCUUGGGUUAUUUUGUGUUGUCUGUAUGUUCAAUUAUUUGGAUGAAGUUAACCUUUUCCAGCUCUCAACUAUUGGGGCUUUACCCUGUGUUUGAUUUUUGUUCUUUUUGUUUUUUUUUUGUUUUGAGUUGAGCUGGCAUAGGGGUAAGGUUACACACUACCCUCCCAGACCCCACUAGUGGUAUUUCACUGGGUCGUUGUUGUUGUGAGUUGAGCUUAAAUGGAGAAGUGAGGAUUCAUACCGCUGACCCCAACUUAUUUGGGACUGAGGUCAUAGUAUUUGGGCGGAUUUAAGGGGGUUGGAAAGGGGUUCACCCGAACUCCCUUUGCCAAAAAAUUGCGCUGUAUGUAUAAGGUGCUUCCAUAUAUUAUAUUUUGAAUCCCCUCGUCACAAUCCAAAAGCAUAGCUUAGAAGUCAACGGGGUUCAAAACCUUUGUGAGGUUACUAGUUCAAUUCCCAUUGGCGAUAGUCCCUUUUAAUUUUUAACUUUUUCUUUUUUGAACCCUCUUAGCGAAAUCUUGCCUCCUAGUAGUAGUAGUAGUUUGUUAGUUUUCCUUAGUUUUGUGAAUUGAAGAACUUUUGUUUCCUUAACCUUGUGCCAUUUUAGAGUUGAGAAAAUUUUCAAUUGCUUGCCCUUUCAGAAUUUUAAAGCUUCCCUAACCUUGUACCAUAGUUCAAUUUUUAUAUGCUAGAACAUUGAUUAACUUUUGCUGAAUCGAGCCGCAUACGAAAGUCCAUACUAUUCUUCCACUUUUCAUAGUACCAAGCCUUACUUAUGUGUUAUUGUUGUUGAUUUUCAUCUAUUUUCUGGUACUUAUGAUGCUGCUAUUAUUUCUAUGGUUUUUGUUGAUGUGGAUAGUACUGAUAUAUUGUCUUGUUUCGUCUUCUUGAGCCGAGGGUCUAUCGAAAAAAGCAUCUCUACUCCCUUGGGGUAGGGGAAACUAGUGAUAUGAGGGACAAAUUGGAGGAUGCAAAAAUGAGGAAACAAAGAUUACUUGCUGAAAUUCAUUACUUGCGUCGAAGGCACAAAUACCUACUGCGAAUGAAGUCGAGUCAUCCGGAGGAGCAAGAACGAGCAGCCCUGCCAAACCCGGUGUUGUAUUGUAAAAAUGGGAUGAAGGAUCGACUUCCAAGCAAAAAAGAGGCAAGGCUAUAUAAACUGCCCCCUCUUCCUUUGCCAAAACAGAAAGGGAAGAUGCAUGUUGCAAAGGAAGCUGCUCCGCUGAAGACGCUUCCUGAUAUUUUCAUGAGUCAUAAGCAGACAUUAUGUAUUGGAAAAGACGAUGUUUUGCAUAGCACGGUUUCAAGUUUGAACCAUAAAUCAAGAGUAUACAGUGGAAAGGAAGUGCCAUUCCGAAAAGCAGUUCCAGCAUUUGAUUUGAAUCAAAACGACAGAUCAUUCACUGGGAAUGGUUCUGUUUCGAGGAGCACCGCACCCAUCUUUGAUUUGAAUCAAGAAACUCUUCAUGGUGGGAAAGAUGUCACAUUGCCAAGUCGAGCUCCGGUGAUUGAUUUGAAUGAAAUCUCGAUGGGGGAAGAGGAACCACAAGCAAAUACCGAACCAAUGAUGUUUGAGGAUCCAAAGAGAGGGUUAAUCAGAAACCUAAACGAUGAUCAGCCUAGCGAUUUGAAGUUAUCGAUAUGCAGAAAUUUGGGAGAAGGAACUUCUCGUGUUGAGAAGCGAAAGAUAUCGUGGCAAGACCCUGUUGCUUUGAGGGUUUGAUCCAUCGUUUACUGUUUCAGUUAAAUAGUACUCCUAGUUAAAAACUUUUGAUCUAGGGCAAGCACUAUUACAGUUCUAGCUGCCCUAUCCAAAGAGGUCGUGACUGGCCCUCGGGGAUUUCUCCGUUGUCAAAAAAGAAAAAAGUUACUCCUAGAGUUUUUUUUUUCUCCAAUAUGAUGUAGGUGUGUUUUUCUCCUUUUUGUAUAAAGAAAACUCAGAUAUAUAUAGUGAUAAUGAUAUACAUGCUAUAUUGAUUGGCA